AUUAAGCACAAGCGCCGUCUGCUACUGAGAGAUCGCCUAAAUAUGAAUCACAUAACAGUUCAGCGGAGAGGUAAAGAUCCUCAACCACAGCGCUGCCAUGAAGAUGCUAAUUUAUUCACAUGCCCUUUCUGCUCAUCUGACACAUACAAGCCAUGCCAGUAUCAUCAAAUAAUGACCCAUAUAGCUGGACAUAAACUGAGAUCUGUUGAACAUGGAGAUUAUGUUAUAUACAGCUGUGGCCUUGGCUGUGGUCAAAAGGCCAAACAUUUUCACUGCUGUCAGUGUCCACAGACCUACAUAAAUAAAGGUGCCUUAAAAGAGCAUCUUUGCAAAAAACACCCCAUAUCAGCUUUUACUGCUGCUCUACAACCAGUCGCUCGUCCAGCACAAGAAACAUCUUCACAGCAACCAGUCGCUCGUCCAGCACAAGAAACAUCUUCACAGCAACCAGUCGCUCGUCCAGCACAAGAAACAUCUUCACAGCAACCAGUCGCUCGUCCAGUAGAAUCAGCAGCUCCACUAGUGAUUAAGAGAAAGAAAAUCACUGUGAGUUGCCCUCACUGUGGAGUAAGUCUGAAUUCAAAAAAUUUAAAAAAACUCAUUGAGCGUAAACAUGAAGCCAUAAAUCCCAUAACUUCAACUUCUCAUCUACCAGCACAGUGUGUUGAUAAAAAGAAUGGGAUAUAUGUAGUGGCUAAAACGUUUCGUGGGCCCUGUAUCCCCAUUCAUGUGGCAAAAAAAUUUGGGGCUCAUCACAGAAGGUUAUGUGUGAAAUGGAUGUCUGCAACACAUGUGCUGAAAUGGCACAAAGGAGUGACCUUUUGGUAACACCGUGUGUUCAUCUAAGGUCAGU